AUACCCUCAGAAUCCAGUCCUCCACCUUGGAAGUCGGCUUAACUUCAGUGUAGAAGGAUUAAAUGAUCAAGUGUUUGGCCUUUGGUUGAGUGCCAAUGAAAGUGUUAUAUAUGUGGACAUGAUGUCUGGAAAAGCUGAAGCCAUUGGGGAAGGUACUACUUGAGUUAUCUUUAAAAAUUCAAGUUUGAAACUACAAACAGCAGUUACAGUGUUGAAAGGGACUAUUGUGUUUAUUGAUGCUCCCAAAGAGAUGUUAACAAACGUUCCCAUCCCAGCAAAAGGAUAUAGCUUCCCCGUGAGGUUCAGUGAUGAUCAUUACCACAAGUCUGAAGCUCCUCGGAACGACUUGCAAGUCCUUAAUGACUGUAGAGUGGACCCAACUUUUGUCGGAUAUGCAAAGCCAUGGAAGGAUCUCUCUGGAAAUUCAUAUUGCCUCUUCUUCCCUUACUCUCCGGAGCAUUUAGUACAUUCUAUUCCCAAGUCAAAAGACAUGAGACAGGAUUUAUCUGUUUCUGUCCAUGUUUUGUUAAGAGGAGCCAAUCAUAUCUCUGGAUCUGCAUCUGCUUCUGCCCUCUUUGUUGGAGGGUUUUCCAUUUUAGAAAUGGACAAGGAUUCAAUGCGGUUAUAUCUGAUGCCAGACUCUAACUGUAGUAUUAUAACCAUUGUAGGGAAUACAGAUGUUGAAGUCCAGUGGCAUGACCGGGAUCAACUGAUGAUCAAUCUCACCCAUAGAGAAGAUUUUGGGCUUGGAGGGCGUGCACAAUAUGAGGUCAAAGGGAUUCUGGCUCAAAAGUUCACAGAUACAGUGAUCAUCACACUCCCGGCCAAUGGUCAAAGAGUGGAAAUUGAUGUUGACUAUGAACCUGGAGGGAAAUCAGCAUCAGCAACGACUAGUAAUAUUACCUUAUAGGCGAGCAUACUCGGGUGCAUCACCCUUCUGGUAUUGACAGUGGCAAUCUUCAUUUGUUACCUGGACAAAUCAGGUCGAUCUCGGCCUUACACUGCGCCUGCCGCACCAAAUAUUGCUGGUCCAGUUACACCUGAUCGUAGUAGUAUUUAUGCAAUCCAAUAAAAUUUAACAUUUCUCCUUUCAAAUUAAUGUGGCUCCUAUAGGCUAUUUUACUGUCUCAUUUUAAGUUUUAAAGAUUUAUUAUAGCAUGUCACUACACUACAAUUUUUUUUUUAUGCUUUUGGUUAGGAAUUAAUGUAAUGUUUGGAUUUCAUAUUUAUGAAAGAGAAGUGUAUGGAAUACAAGUUUUUUUUUUUUUUU